AUGCUUUCUCUUACUCUCCUUUCUCUGCUUGGUACAAGCUUGAACGCUGGCGUUUACGCUAUACCUACUUUCUCGAAUUUCACCACUAGACAAAGUGGUGAAUCGCAUCAAGUCACUUUAGUCAACAAUUGCGGUUCUGGCGAAGCUGUAUUCGUACACGAAGGUAAUCCCACCGCAUCAGGCAGUCAAACCGUCUCUGGCGAACUCAAAGGAGGUCUAGCUUGGAUGUCAGGUAUGACCGGAACCGAUUGCGCGGAUAACGGUUUGAAUUGCGGUUUGGUCGAAUUCACAUUGGUCAACUCUCAAGGAGGGAUGCAGAACUCGGCGGAUUAUAGUCUGUUGGAUGGGAUUGAUGAUGAGUUAGGAACCAGUUUGGGUAAUCAUAAAUACCAAUAUUCAAUGGAUUUCGCAUUUACCGGAGCAUGCACCGACGCCCCUGGAGCAUGUACGGGUGAUCCAGCUUCAGAAUGCCCAGGAGCAUACUUAGAUUCUGCCACGGAGGGUGGUGCAAACACUCAGUGCUUGGCUGAUAAUGUCGGUAUCACCAUCACCUUCUGUUCAGCAGGAGCUGCACCUGCUGGUUCAAACGCGGCAAGCUCAGACUCAGUACCAGCUGGAACUGGUAUAUCCUCCGCUGCCACCUCACCUGCUGCUGUGGCAUCCAGCCCUGCUAGCGUUCCCGCUUCCUUACCAGCCGGCACAGGUGCACCUUCGGACAGUGUCCCAGCCUCUGUCCCAGCUAGUACCGGUAUCCCCACUUCACCAGCAGUGGCUAGUGCUGCCACCACUUCACCCUUGGCGACGGGUAUCAACAGCGUUCCAGCAAAUGGUGCAGGAAGCGUCGCUGAAGGUGAACCUUCUAUCGCUACUGCACCGGUAUCGAGCGCACCAACUGCCGUCACUUCUGCGUCUUCGAAGCCUGCUUGGGGUGGUGGUCGAGGUCAUUGGACUAGAGCUGUCUACUAG